AUGCUUUACUCAUACAAAGAAGCAAUUAGCGGGUUUGCAGCAAGAUUAACACCCGAAGAAGUGAGAGGCAUGGAGAAGAUGAAUGGAUUUCUGCGUGCCAAUCCAAGCAAGCGGCUUCAACUCCAAACAACAUAUACACAUAACUUACUAAACUUGAGCACUUUAUUUGGAGCUUGGUCCACAAGCAACUCAUUUUUCGGUGAAGGGAUCAUCAUCGGAGUGUUGGAUACAGGUAUUCACUUCCCUCAUCCGUCCUUUGCAGAUACAGGAAUGCCACCACGGCCAAGAGGAUGGAACGCAAGUUGUUACCUACCAAGACGGUCUUGCAAUGGCAAAGUCAUUGGGGCACAAUCUUUCAAACAAGGUAAUACAACCAUUCCGCCGACUGACAUAGACCAGGGUCACGGUACACAUGUCGCUGGCAUUGCAGCAGGCAACUUCGUGGAUAAUGCAGAAGUCCUCGGCCAAGCUCCUGGAAGGGCUGCAGGGAUGGCGCCAAAAGCAUUUAUAUCAGUGUACAAGGUGUGUUGGAAAGAUAUAGGAUGUGAAUCAAGUGGUAUCCUGGCAGGCAUAGACAAAGCAAUUCAAGAUGGGGUGCAUAUCCUCCAAAUGUCAUUUGGGGCACGACCUCCUUACUUGCCCAACUCCUUUGACGAUGAUGAAGUUGCUGUUGCCACGUACUCAGCAAUGCAGAAGGGGAUCUUCCCAUGCACAGCUGCUGGUAGCAACGGACGUUCAGACCAACUGUCUUGCAAGAAUAAUUCAUUAAAUGGCUUCAAUGUUAGAAAUAAGAUUGUGAUGUGCUAUGUUGGAGAUAUAGAGAAUACUGAAAAAAAGGUGAUUUCGUCAGGAAUGCUGGAGGUGCAGAGAUUAUUUUGCUACAAACUCUACACCAACAGCAAAAAAAUCACCUUCGGUGGCACUAUAUUCGGUGUUCGCCCAGCUCCGGCAUUAGCCUAUUUCUCAUCGAGAGGCCCGGCCAGGUAUAAUGGAAACAUUGUGAAGCCAGAUGUCACUGCACCAGGAGUGAAUAUUUUAGCUGCAUGGCCAGUAGAAGUUGGGCCCUUCCCAUCCGGCCUAAAAAGAAAGACAUUCAACUUCUUGAGUGGCACAUCCAUGGCAACACCUCAUGUUUCCGGAAUUGUGGCUCUUAUCAUGAGCAAGUUAAAAAACGACAACAAACGUCAAUGGUCAACAUCAGAGAUCCAAUCAGCACUCAUCACCACAGCCAACACAUUCGACUUAGAUGGAAGACCAAUCUUUGAUGAAGCAACUUUGAACAACAGUGCCAACAUUCUCCAAAGGGGAGCAGGGCAAGUCAAUGUCACGAAUGCCAUGGAUCCAGGUCUUCUCUAUAACAUCGAAACGGAUGAUUAUGUCGCCUAUCUUUGUGGAAUCUUUUUUAAUAGCAGCCAGACAGUGCAAAUCUUCACCAAAAACAAUACCCAGUGUACUAGAUCCAUCUCUGGUGACCAACUUAAUUAUGCUUCAAUAGGUGUACAGAUGAGAUCAAGAUUAGCGAGAACCACUAUUAGCCGAACAGUGACUAAUGUGGGUGAUGCUAGGGAAAUCUACAAUGCUAAGAUCAUAGAACCACCAUUUGUGAAAAUCUACCUUUCUCAAUACAGACUUAGCUUCACCCGACUAGAACAGCAAAUUACAUAUAGUAUCACAUUCACCAUGAAUGGCACUCAUCCAGGCUCUGGAGUCAUUGGACAAGGAGAGUUGUCAUGGGUGUCCAGCAAGCACACUGUCACAAGUCCCAUCUACAUUGCAUUCUAA